CGGGCCAGGUGGUUUGAACGUCCCCCUGGCGACGGGCGAGGCAGACGGGCGUGACGUCAUGCGCGGCGCCAGUCACUGCAACAGGCGAGCCAGGAUAGGUUGGCCGUCUUGACUCUCUCACAAUUUUGCUCUAUAGAAAAUGGUGUAAAAUCCUUGCGGGUUUAUCCCGCUGUGUACAAAAACUUUGUGUGGACGCUGCCACGGAGGAUGAGUGUGUCGAAAGUGCCGGAUGCUGCGUAUGUGCCUAAGUGGUUGUAAUGAGUGCAAGAGAAACCUCUGGCCAGAAUGAGACCAUCACAUCGAGCCAUAAUGUGACGAGCAGUGUGAGUGCUGCAUCAGGGGGCCCCACCCCCAGCAGCAUCACUGACAGUAAAGAUGCUGAGUCUCACAUAGUGCAGCAGCCAACCAGUCCAGGGAAGGUUGGCAACAUGGGGUCUGGUGAGGGGGAGUUGGUUCGGCUCAGUGACCCCAGAAGCCUCCACUCAUACACACCUCAUACUUCCCCCGUGUCUUCUGCACCAGGAUCCACUCCAGCUCUGACAGAUGUUGCUCCCAGCACUACACCUUCCUCUUCUCCUAGAAGACCUUUACCAUGUACCUCUUCACAGCCUCCUGCUAAGAGAAUCAAAGUGGAGGAGAAACCUUCAGAUAUAUUAGAGUUGCGAAAGGUCAUUGUGGAUUGGAAGAAAGCUAAAUUAGUAAAUGUGAGAGACAAAUUUAAUGAACACCUCGUGGAGCUAUUUUUUUUGGAAAGAGAUGGCAACAUGAUGGAUCUUCAGACAUGGAGUCGAAGACCUUCUAGGGAGUUCCUUCAGCACAUUGCCCAACACAAGCUUGAGGGUGAUGAAACUCUUGAGGUCAAGUAUUCUGCUCCAAACCCUUUACACUUGACUGCAGGAUUGCAAGUGAAAACAGAAAACACAUCAGGGUCUCAGUCACCUGCAAAGAGUGGAACAAGUGCAAUAGCAAGAACAUCACCUGUUAAACCAGGGAAGGGUUUGGCUGGCGCAGGAGCUAAUGGACGUCAGAAAAUUCCCUCCACAAGUGAUAGUAUUCAAACUGUCACUCAACAAGAUCAAAUGGUAGAAAAGGCAAGGCAAGAAGCAUAUGUUAUGCAAAGGAUUGCUUCAUUGAGAAAAGAUGGCUUAUGGUCUGAGAAACGAUUACCGAAAGUGCAGGAACCACCGAGGGCAAAAGCUCAUUGGGAUUAUUUGCUUGAAGAAAUGGUUUGGCUUAGUGCUGAUUUUGCUCAAGAAAGAAAAUGGAAAAAGGCUGCUGCAAAAAAGUGUGCUCGUAUGGUUCAGAAAUAUUUCCAGGACAAAGCUCUCCAGGCCCAGAAAGCAGAGAAAGAGCAGGAGAUGAGACUUCGGAAAGUGGCUGGUUUCAUUGCCAAAGAAAUCAGAACAUUCUGGAGCAAUGUAGAAAAGUUAGUGGAAUAUAAAGUGACAACAAAGCUAGAUGAAAAGAAGAAAAAAGCUCUUGAUCAACAGUUAAGCUUUAUUGUUGAUCAGACUGAAAAAUACUCUUCCUGGUUAGCUGAAAGUAUGAACAAACCAGCUGAUUCAGCAGCAGCGUCUACACGUUCCAACACCCCUUCAAGAGAUGUGCGGAUGUCUGACGAGGAAUUCCAUCCAGAGGAGCCUUCAGAUGAUGAUGAAGCAACUAUUGCCCGAGAAGAUGACAAUCCUGAAGAACAAGCUUCGGAGCUACAGUUGUUGCAUGAAGAGUCCAAGCAGACUAUGGAGGACUUAUUAAGGGACCUGCCACCAGGCUAUCUGGAGGAAGGGGACCAUUCUCUCAGCAAUAAUGCAGAUGAUCUCAGUGAUUCAGUUCAGAGUCAUGAAGACUCAGAGGAAAAACAGAAAAGACCAAGUAAUAGAGGAACCAUACAAGAUGUUAAUAAAGAUGAAGAUAAAAAUAGUGAUAGUAUACUUGGACAAAAACUAGGUAGGGGAAUUAAAAGAAAAGUGAAGCUUAAGAAAAAAGAAACCACUAGUGAUGCAGAAAAAGAUAUUGGUGACAAAGACUUUGAAGCUGAGGAGUCUGAAGAAGAUAAUGAAGAGACGAUAGAAGAGCAAGAGGAGAAAGAGGGUGAAGUGAACCAUGAGCAGGAAUUGGAAGACUUACAGGCUGACAAUGAUCUUUCUGUUGAGGAACUAAGAAAAAAGUAUGCUGAGCUGGCUGCAAAUGCUGAGCCAAUGGAAGAAGAUUCUUCUGAAGAAAAUGAAAGCACUGAUAUCAGUGAUGAUGAAGAAGAGGAAGAGGAGGAGGUGACAGAGGAUACAUCAAGACAAAAGGAAGAAGAAAUGGAAGUUAAUGAAGAAGAAACAAGACAAACAGAAGAGUAUGAAAGUGAAGAUGAAAUGCUCAGUGAUGCUGAAGAAGAGGAAGAGGAUGAGGAAGAGAAAGCAGAAGAGGAGCAAUCCAGCUUUGGCUUAGAAACCCUAAUGGAAGAGAAUUUUGAGAAAAAUAAUACAGGCGAUAGUGAAAAGGCAGACAAGGAGUUGCAGGAUGCCUCGGCUGUUGCAGAGGCCCUACAACCCAAGGGCUUCACACUAUCCUCCACUUCUGUGACAACACCGAUUCCUUUUUUGCUCAAGCACAUGUUGCGAGAGUAUCAGCAUGUUGGACUGGACUGGCUCACAACCAUGUAUGAGAAGAAAUUAAACGGAAUUCUUGCUGAUGAGAUGGGCUUGGGUAAGACAAUCCAGACCAUUUCUCUUUUGGCUCAUCUUGCCUGUGAAAAGAGCAAUUGGGGGCCUCAUCUUAUUGUUGUGCCAACCUCUGUUAUGCUCAACUGGGAGAUGGAGUUCAAAAAAUGGUGCCCAGCCUUCAAAAUUCUCACAUACUAUGGUACACAGAAGGAGAGAAAAAUGAAGAGACAAGGAUGGACAAAGCCAAAUGCAUUCCAUAUAUGUAUAACAUCGUACAAACUUGUAAUCCAGGACCAUCAGAGCUUCAGAAGAAAGAAAUGGAAGUACUUCAUUCUUGAUGAAGCUCAAAACAUAAAGAAUUUCAAGUCUCAGCGCUGGCAGCUGCUGCUAAAUUUUUAUAUAUACAGACGACUGUUGCUUACUGGUACUCCUCUACAAAACAACUUGAUGGAACUGUGGUCAUUGAUGCAUUUUUUAAUGCCACAUAUCUUUGCAUCACAUCGAGAGUUCCGGGAAUGGUUUUCUAACCCAGUAACAGGCAUGAUAGAAGGGAAUAAGGAAUACAAUGAAAAUAUAAUCAAAAGAUUACACAAGGUCCUGAGACCAUUCAUAUUAAGAAGACUUAAAGCUGAAGUGGAACAACAAAUGCCAAAGAAAUUUGAACAUGUCAUUAUGUGCAGAUUGUCCAAGAGACAGAGAUUUUUGUAUGAAGAAUUCAUGGCAAGAACCAAAACUAGAGAAACCUUAGCAUCAGGUAACUUUCUAAGUGUCAUCAAUGUAUUGAUGCAACUAAGAAAGGUGUGUAACCACCCUAACCUGUUUGAAGCCCGCCCAACUGUGUCUCCAUUCAUGAUGGAAGGGCUCUCUUACCAAGUCCCAUCUGUUGUGUGGGGCAUCACUGACUACGACCCAUUCAAGAACAUUGACCUCUUCAGCCUUAAUUUUCUGCUGGCUGAUUUGGAGUUGUGCUUAACAGCUUUUGCUGCCCAUCGUAUACGCAAGUUCCAGGCUCCCCGGCGGGUCAUCGAAGAAAUAGAUUCCGCUGCUGAGCCACCUCCCAAAUGUCCUGCUGGGAAGAUCAAACUUCAUGUGCGACCAUCUAGUCAAAGUGUGCCAAAGUCUGGGGUAUCACCGAGUACAGCUCCAAGGGCAUUGACUCCCAUGGGAAGUUUACGGGCCCCUUUGUCACAGACUGUAACAAUGGCCACCACUCCUGCCACUCUUCACAGCGGAGGAACACGAUUACAACUGGUACAGCAAGGAGGGACAAUAAAAGCUUUUCAAGUACCGGCUAAUAACACUGGUGGAGUCAUGGUACAGCAAACACCUCAGGGGCCCCGACUAGUGAUGCCUCAGCGAACAGGGGUAACUGGUGUUGGUACAGCAACUAUAGGAGGAGCUACCUCAGGAGCAUUAGGAGGCCUCCAAUUACUUCAGACCUCAACUGGACAGCUAUUGCUCACCACAGCUCCUGUCCAGAAACCUGCUAAUCCUACAUUAGCGCAUGGUGUCAGUGGGAGUGCUGCUGCAGCUCUCCUACAGCGACUACAGGGGGUCAAGGGUCUGCAGGGGUCCAUGAUCACUACAGGGGCAGGGGGCAGGCCUGUGCUCCGGUUGCCUCUCCCUAACCCAAGUAUCAGACCGCAGACUCAGCAGGGUUUAGGUCCAAAUAACCAAGCCGCGGUAGCACACACUCCUAGCCCAGCAGCAACUGUUCAGCAGAUGGUGGCAGUUUCAAGUCCAAGUCGUCUCAGUGCCUCCCCUGCACGUCCUGCAGCUCCACCCACCACAACACAGUCAAAGCCAACAACACGGCAAGAACAAAGGGAAAUUGAAAAACAGGAGGAAAAAAAGAAGGAAGAAGAUAGAAAAAGAAGCUUAUUCUUUUUAAAUGAUCUUGAUGAGAGAAGACGAAAGAGAAGGAAAGAAAAAUUGGCUCUGAUUGCAAAGCUCAACAUUCGGAGGUGUCAAGCUUGCCCUAUAUAUGGAUCAGAUCUGAUAGAGGCUGUUACUGUGAUUGAUAACUGUGAUCGCAUUGCCUCCUCUCCAAGUGGGGGAGAAUGGAAUGGAAGGGGGAUUAUUCACAGCCUCCAAGCUACCACCAUGCAUCCUCGUCUUUAUUGGUCUCAAACAGACACCCUCCAUAGGAUUGUGCAUACACCAGAAAGUUGCCUGAAGGAAUUGCAGAAUAUUACGGACAGAUAUGUGUUUUGCAUUCCACCAGUUGUAGCACCAAGCAUUAGUAUGAGAUUGUUCCAUCCACCACCUUCCAAGUUAUGGGGCGAAGACAGAACAAAGACACUCUUGAGCAAACAGUUGCUCUGCACCAUGAGUCCGCUGCAUCGGAUUAUGAAUGCAUCUGUCACACAGUUCCCAGACCCAAGGCUGAUUCAAUAUGAUUGUGGGAAGUUGCAGACACUUGAUAAACUGCUCCGACAGUUGAAGACAGGAGCCCACAGAGUUUUAAUCUUCACCCAAAUGACAAAAAUGUUGGAUGUGUUUGAGGCUUUCUUAAACUACCAUGGUCACCUAUACCUGCGAUUGGAUGGUACUACUAGGGUAGACCAAAGACAGGUUUUGAUGGAACGCUUUAAUCAGGAUAAAAGAAUCUUCGCAUUUAUAUUGUCAACAAGAUCUGGAGGUAUUGGUGUGAAUCUCACUGGUGCAGACACAGUUAUCUUCUACGACUCAGAUUGGAAUCCAACUAUGGAUGCUCAGGCUCAGGAUAGAUGCCACCGAAUAGGUCAAACGAGAGAUGUGCACAUCUACCGUCUGAUCUCAGAAAAGACCAUUGAGGAAAAUAUUCUAAAGAAAGCCAAUCAGAAGAGACUUUUGGGUGACCUGGCCAUUGAAGGUGGUAACUUCACAACUGCUCAUUUCAAAAAGUCCACUAUUCAGGAUCUCUUCAAUGUCAAUGUCAACGAGAAUGAUGCCACCAAGCGGAUGUCAGACGUCUUCGAUAAAAGUAAAAUGUCUGAUGAGGGUAAAGAAAUCUCAGAAGGAGAGCAUGUCAAAAUGGGAGCCUUUGAGUGUGCCUUGGCUGCAGCUGAAGAUGAAACAGAUGUUCAGGCUGCAAAGACUGCUAAGGCUGAGGCAGCGGCUGAGUUGGCUGAGUUUGAUGAAAACAUUCCAAUUGAGGAGGGUGAAGGAGGGGAGGAGCUGAGCAAGGCAGAGCAGGAAGUGGCCACUCUCAUGAAGCAGCUAACUCCAGUGGAGAAGUAUGCAAUGAAGUUCCUGGAGUCGUCUGACGAUGGCUGGGCAGCAGAAGCAGAACGCAUGGCUGCAGAGAUUGAACAGCAGAAAAAGGAGUGGGAACUGGAACGACUUCAGGCUCUGAAGGAGGAGGAGGAGCGGAUGGCACACAAUUCUGAUGAAGAGCUCCUGACCUACUCAUCAGCUGAUGCACACAAUCAGUUGUGGCUUUCUCUGUGUGGAAGGGAAGAAAUGCCAGUUUGGCAUCCUCCAACUCCACCUCGAGAUGACAAUGAUGUAUACAUCGAUCAUUCCCUUGGAUUCUGGUAUGACUCUGGUAUCAUGCCAGAAUCUGCUCUUCCUCCAGUCUAUGUUAAAAAAGAGCACAAGAGACUAAAACUAGAACCAGGAGCUGUUGGUGGAUCAGGAGAGGGAUCUUGUGGAUUACGCCGUCCUCAGAAGCAUCGCCGGGAAGAUGCUGUUCAUGCCCCUCGGUCUCUCUUUGAUCGACCAUCUCCAGCUGUUGUCAAGAUCCGUAGAGACUUAAAGUUGCAAAAGUACAGGGGAAUAAUACGACCAAGCAUUCCCUUACCGGGUCUCAAACCAGCUCUUUUAACUAAGCCUCCAACUGCAGAACCUGAGAACACCCCUGAGUGGGCUGUUCAUGAGGACUGGGCUGUAGUGCAAGCAGUUCAACAUCACCUUCAAUUGGAACUGCCAAUUAAUCUUUUGGUUCUUUCCCCUGGCCACACUCCAAACUGGGAUCUUGUUGCUGAUUUAGUUAAUACAGUCUCUCGCUGUUACCGAUCUCCACGAAACUGUAGGACCCGAUAUGAAACAACCAUUCAUCCCCGGGAGGAGGGAAAGCUGCCUCCUGAUGCUCCGCCCAAGAAAAUAUCAAAGAAACAAAAGUCUGGAUUUUUGCAGAAACCUGUGCAUAAAACCCUGCGUCCCAUGCGAACCUCACAGCUAUUUGCUCAAGAUAAUAAUAGCAGCUUCUCAUCACUGUACUGUACUCGUUUUGAGACCAUCAAAAACAUUGCCAUGAAACGAACUCCAACUACCAAACCUCCACUUGUCAACCCAACUCAUAAAAAUCCCAAGCAUGCUCAGGUUUUGGCAGAGUCAGGCAUUCAGUAUGAUUGUCCCCUAAAUCCUGGCCAAGUUGCUGCUAACUUAGCAGAACGAAUUCAGAGGGCAAAACAGAAAUCCCAGGUUGCAGCAGCUGAAUUGGCUCAGCAGCAACAGCAGAAAUUGCUCCAACAACAACAGCAACAACAACAACUUCAGCUUCAACAACAGCAACAGCAACAACAGCAGCAGUCACAACCACAACAGCAAAUACAAGCCCAGCUCACAGCCACUCAACUUCAGCAGCAAUUACAACAGCAGCAGCCCCAGCAAAAUCAGCAAGGAGUUCAGCAGCAAGGUCAGCAGGGAGUUCAGCAACAAGUGUCUGUAAUAGGAAGCACAGGGGCUCAGCAGGUUAUAAACAGUGGAUUAGCUGGCAAAGCAUCAACAACAGUGGUGUUAAGUCAGGGCCCAGCAAUGACAGUUGCCACAGUCACAGCAGCAACAUCCACCAGCAGUGCUAUCACUUCCUCCACUUCAGCUGCCAUUAUGGGUGGAGUGCGAACAGCCACAGGCACCACCAAUAUUGGCCGCACCACACUGGCCCUCCAGGAGUUACAGGUCCGCACAUCAGGAAGCAGCCAGAGCACUGUUGUGAGUGUGGCUGGCCUCUCACAGCUUCAGGCUGCAAAGCUGACUGCAACUCUUCCAUCUUCAUCUGCACAGAAAGGUGUGGCAGGAGUAUCAAGACCCUUGACUCAAGCACAGCUGCAGUACUUGAGGAAGGAGGCCCAGGCCAGACUAGCACUACAACAGCAGCAGGGAAAAGUGGUUGCUACAGAUUCCAUCAAGAGAGUUCAAAUACCUGGGCAGGCAGGAACUACUCAAAAAGUACAAGUGGCAAUGUCUGGAGGCACUCUGGCUGCAGUCACUGCCAUUCAGGUGACUCAAGCUGGACGCACACAGCUUGUGAAGCCUGGCACUGUGGUGGCAGGAACAAGUGGAGUGAUGGCCACUGGCAAAGCCAUCACACGCACAGUCACAGACAGGGAAGUGGCAGCUCUUCUAAAGCAGCAACAACUUAAUAAAUCUGGACAAGUAACUCAGGUGCAGGUACCCUCUGCACAACUUUUGGCAGGACUCCAAGUUCAAAGUGGAGUAAGUACAGGAGGUACACCAGUUGCCACCUUAGUGAAAACUGUCAGUGCUCCAAGCACACUAGUGCACACUCCAACGUCUGUCACCCUUCCUGUGUCUGCUAUAAAUGUGACUCUUCCUCAGGCUAGAGUCACAGCAGCAGCCACAGUAGCCAAAGCUACCACUACCCAACAGGCAGUGCGCAACCUUCCUUUACCACAGCAACUUUUAGCCAAGCAACGUUCCUUGAUGGGAGUGAAGGGCACAGUUGGACUGCAGCUGGGUGGAAAGGCAGUAGGGGGAACUGGGCUGCAGAUAGUCCAGGGUAGUGGACAAAAGCAGGUAUCACAAGUAACCAUGCAGCAGAUACAACAAGUAUUAAAACAAGUACCUCAACAAACAAUUCAGCACAUCACACAGGGAGGAACUGUUAGUGGAACAGUGGUUGGCAAGGCUGUGGGCAGCAGUGUUGCUGGCACUAGUGUGACCUCAGCUGCCCAAGGCAUUAGCACCUCUCAUACCACCAAGCUGGUUCCCAUGACUAUUGCCUCACAUCAGCAACCACCUAUAAAACAAACAAUUCAGGUUGUGUCUGCAGGGUCAACAGUUGUGGGUGGAGCAUCAGCAAUUCGAGUGAGUGCUGGAGAGCGUUCAUCCUCUUCCGCCAAUCUUCACUCUCUCCCAGGCAGCACAGUUAAAGUCACCAAUCCAACUCUUUUGUCUGCCACACUUCAAGGUCAACCAAUGUCUGUAUCUGUCAGAGCACCUACACAAAGCCCUGUCAGAAUACAGACAUCAGCUUUGCAAACACAGCCAACAACUCAAUCACAGCAGCAGGCACAGCAACAAGGUCAGCAGGGUGGUGGUGGCAAUGGUGCUGGUGCUGGGCAGUGAAAUGUCACAUGUGAGUCGUUGAGGUCUCAACAGUAGAGAAGUAAAUGCCAGAUAGUUCCGAUUUUUAAACUUGCAUCUUCCUUUCAGGGAUAAAAGAGUAUUUGAGAUAUAUUUGAAGUUGCAGUUUUACAAGAAAAUUAGAUAUUUAAUAUUAUACUAUUGUCAUACUAAAUCAGAGCAUUAGCCAUUCAAAUUUUACUCUCAUUUACCUGUGCAGAGUAAAGAUGCAUAUUAUAUAUAUAUAUAUAUAUAUAUAUAUAUAUAUAUAUAUAUAUAUAUAUAUAUAUAUAUAUAUAUAUAUAUAUAUAUAUAUAUAUAUAUAUAUAUAUAUAUGAACCAUGAUCAUGACUACCUAUAUGUUGCAUUAUCAGUUAUUUUGAGCAGAUUAGCGAAUGUCCUGUUGAAUCAUUAUUCCUGUGACAAACUAAGAUCACCUAUAACCGCAAAUCUCAUUUGUAUCAUAUUUAAGAAUUUAUUAGGUCCUGAUAAAUCUCUUUGAGGGGCCACCCACUAACACACUGCCAGACACACCCAAAGUGUGGGAUACUACUUGCUUUCAGGUAAUUCUUCAGUUCAGCAGCAGCCUUGUUGCUCUUUCCUUGCCUCAUUUUUUUUCUCUUUCCUCACAAGUCCUGCAUAAAACAGAGGUUGCAAAUUGCAGAAUAUUUUGCUUCAAAGAGGAAAGAAACCAUGCAGAUGACAUGAUGUAUGUGAUGUGGAAGAUAACACAAUAUAUUAAUUUUCUUCUAAAGAUUCUUCUGGCAGUUGAUCAAUGUAUUUGUAUAAAAUAAUGAAAACAUAUCUUUAUGUAUAUAAAAACAAUAUAUUAACUUUUUUUUACACUUAUAUGACCAAACAUCAGUUAAGAAAAAAUGUUGAAAGAUUAUUCAUAAGUUUGUUCAUAAUGUACUUGCAUUGAAAAAAAAAAGAUUUAUGAAAGAAUACCUGUAUGUAAAAAAAAAAGUCAUGGAAGCACCCCUACAAAUGCUCUAUGUUGUGAUUUUUUUUCCAAACAGAAUUAAAUACAGACUAGGCAUUAUCUGACACUUACUUACAGCCUCGAGUAGUUUGUACUUCCCUGGAGAUCAAUGUAUCAAUUUUAUCAAAAAGUUUUUGCAAAUCCUCGAUACUGAAAUGUUUUUCACCAUUACGUGUUGAUGUUUUGCUUCUAAGGAAGAAGAGUAUAGAAUCUAAGGGUGAUGUAACCAAGGCAGUAAUUCCACCUUAAGAGCAAAUGAAUAACGUUAAGCUUUGCCACAUAAGUACAGCUCUGAGGUGUGGCUGAUACCCAAAGCUUUUUGCAAGGAUAUGAUAUUUUUUCUCAAAAAAAAAAAAAAUAACUAGUAGUAUCCAUGUCUAAUCACCACUGGUAAUACAUGUCUCCAAUUUAGGAAUAUCUCAGAAAAUAUCUUGAUAUACUUGUAACCACAUCUAAUGUAUUAUUCUUAGAUUUGGCAUGAUAUGAAGGAAUAUUAUAUUUAGUGAAAUUACCCCUAAAAUGUGACUUGAAAACCGGUUUUACAAGCAUGACAGUGAUGUUAACAAACUUUUUUUUCUUAUAUAUCAUGGUGAUUCAUUCAUCAUGAAUAAAUUUUAACUGGAAGCAUAUAUUUUUGUAAUUAUUAAUGCAGUUAUUUCCUGAAUGAAGUCAAUGCUACUGACUAUUGAACUUUUUAUUAUUUAUCAAAUUAUUGCAUGUUAUUCUAAUUAGGUCAUAAGAACAUACUGUUACACCACAUAAAAAGGAAGGAAAAUUUUAAAUAGAUCAAGUCGGGUUUAAACUUUGCUUUUAAAUCACACCCAGUGUCAUUUCUGAAACAGCUUUUUAAUCCAAUAUCUCUAAAAUAUAAUUCAUUAAUGUAUAUGAAAAUGAGUACUGCAUGUGGUGAAAUUAUGGCCAAAUGAACAAGGAAAUAAGCUUUACAAAUCUAAAGUUCAGUGACCUAACUAUACAUUGUAGGAGAGCAUCACAUGUUGCAGUGUUACCAUUACACUUUAAUUGUGGUUGUCUAAAUUCUAAGAUUUUAUACCAUUGUUUACUUUGAAAUUUGAGAAUUGCAUUAUUUUUAUUUAAACUUGACUGUCUCUAGUUCCUAGAUAUUACUUUAUCUAUGGUAUUUGUAUAUAUUGUCUAAAGAUAGAUUUCCAUUACUGCUGUAUAGUUCUGAAUACUUUUCUCAAGUAAUUUUCCAUAGAAAUGUAGAAUAUUGGUUCUGAUGAACUGUUCAUAAACUUACAUGCCUAUGGACAUUAAAUUGUUAAAUAUUUA